CAGGUGGGUUGUGGGAAGUCACAGGUGGAUUGUGGGAAAUUAAAGGUGAAAAGUUACAUGUGGAUUUUGGGACGCAACAAAAGUGUAUUCUAACAUUUGAAUACAGUCUACGAUUCUAACGUAUAAAGUACGUGAAGUCUCUUUUUUGCGUUUUGCGUUUACACGCAUAUUCCUGUUACCAGCUGAAAGGUCAAAGGUCACGGAACAGCGGCGGAAUCUGCAGAUUCAGCUGUGCUCCCUGCGAGACGCCAUGUUCCCUGUCGACUCUCCAGAUGUGAAGGACACUGACCUGACAUCAGCUUCUGAACAGUACCUCUCUUCUCUGCAGUCCAGACCUUCUGAUAACGACUGGUUUGAGUUGUCACAGACGUCAAAGGUGGAGAUAACGUGGAACAACGUGAGGCGGCUGCGGCUGUUUGAGGAGGACGGGCCUGACGCUGCGCUGCCGGCGCUUCAUCCUCCUGAUGAACCAACACAAGUUGUGGCUUUGUACCUGCGUGAGAGGUGGUGGCCUGUGGAGGACAUUUUACGUACGUCCAGUAAAUCCAGAUGUGGUUUGUUGUUGGUGCAGUCGCUCAUGGAGAGGCUCGUCGUGUUCCUGCUGAGUCAGGUAGUGGAGAGGUCUUCACAGCAGGGGGCGCUGUUCUCCCUGCAUCCCCGCACCGAGAGCUGCAAACUGCUGUGGACGGACAGUCAGGCCGUCGGCUUCUACUCCUUCAAACACAAAGGCAGCCUGUGCGACGGCCGGAGCGCUCGCUGCUACCUGCUGCCCGUCCUGGACACAGUGCUGGUGAGGAGGAGCUGGAGGAGGAGAGGCUCUGCUCUUCAGAUGCUUCAGGACUUCUGCUCCUCCUUCGCCACGGAGGAGUUCCUGGGACUCAGCGCUCCGCUGUCACCCAGCAUGGCGGCAGUGUGCAGGAAGUUCCUGCGGCAGCACGAGGAUCACCGGGAGCGUCUGUACGAGGUGGAGGCUCCGGGCGGCUGGGCUCAACGCCGAAACAUCUGGCUCAACAUCCAGCUCGGACGCUACGCCCUCAGGACAGAUGAUCUUUAAAUCUGUUGUGCUGAGAUGUCUUUAAGGAUUUCAUCCUCAUGCUACAAGACUUCAAAACUUCCUGAGGAUUCCAGUGUGUUCUGUGCUUAUCUACAUUUAAUUCUACUUUUAUUUUUUGUUCAAAUAUGCUCAAAAACAUACUUUUAAUGUUGAGAGGAGCUGCCAGAGGAAACUGUAUUCUCCGUAUCAUAGAUCUGAACUUGGCCAUCCUGGGCCGAAGACCACAAUAAAUAUAUGAAUUAUAUAUUUAUACAUUUAUAUUUAAAUUAGUUAGUGGGCUUCAGCUUUACUUUUGACAUAGAAUCUAUUAUAAUAAAACAAAGUGUUAAUCAA